CAACAAUCAAUUUUAAUAAAUUUUUAUUCAAUAAAAAAAAGAUUUAUUAAAUAUGUAUACGAAAUCAGUUAUUACUAUUAUGCUGGCUUACAUCUAUCUUUAUCAUUGUGCCACUGUGGAUAAUAGCAGAAUCAACGUCAAACCAACUGUCGACAAAAUAAAGGAUGUAAUACAAUCCGUUUCUGGCGUCGGAGAGCAGUCUAAUACCGCAGAGUCGAAUUCUGGGUACACGAAUCCGGUGAAACCUCCUGCAGGGUCAGGAACAACAGUACCACAAUCAGAAUUAUUAAUAACCACCACAGAACCAGUUACUGCGUGUAGUAAUCCAAAUCAGCCAUCGGAGGCUUAUAGAAAAACCGAAUGUAAUUGUUUGUGUGAUAUUGAAAACUUUUGUCGAGGUUGAUGAUGGCCAUUUUUGUCUCUGCAAUUGAAUUCUUUUACAUUUUUUGUGAAAUCGUGGUCUAACACUCGAAAAUUGUGAAUACAUAAUAGUUUUAAGUAUUAUUCAUUGAGUUUUAUCUGAAUCAUAAGAAAAAGUGUAUUUCACAUUGUCUAACAGCACUACAUCCAUUUUA